AUGAGCUACUGGAGGCCUGUAUCACAGUCGAGGAAGGACGAAGAGGAGACGCCGGCGGUGGACAUCGUGUGCGUGGAUGGGAGCGAGGGCGCCGAUCGCGCGAUGCAGUUCGCCCUCAGGGAGUCGCCGCCGGACCACCGCCUGAUGCUGCUCUUCGGUGCCUACGUGCCGCACAAGGAGGAGCUAUCGUGGGGCACCUUCAGCGUGUCGUCGAUGCGCGAGGGCCACUACUGGGACAAGGAGCUGCCCGACGUCUACAUCAAGUACACCGACAUGUGCCAGAAAGCCGGGCGCAAGUGCGACUUCAUCCACUUCCACUUCGAUCGCAUGAGCAAGUUCGGAGACAGUGUGUGCUCCAUCGCGGAUAGGCACCACGCCCAGAACGUCAUCCUGGCGCGCAGAAGGCAGUCGGAGAGGUCAUUCCUCGGGAGGUUCUUGGGCUCGGGCAGCCAGGCCGUGGUAGAUCGCUGUGGUGAUAUACCCAUUACCCUGGUCACUGUCAAGCCUGAUGAAAGCAAGUAG